GGUUGAUAUGAGAUAUCACGGUUUUUGAAAACACGCGUGCCCUUGGAAGUUUUGAUAUCUCUCUUUCCAAAUUUCAAAACCCAAUGAAUGCCAUUUUCUCUCCUACUACAAAAUACAAAUAAUAGGGGGAGGGGGAGUUGUAAUAAAAAGCUUCUUAUUAUGUCUAACCAACCACCUCAGAGCUCAGCCUCCAUAAAUAUGUCAUUUGCGCUUAUUUCUUAACUACAAAUACUAUUAGCUAGCGAGCUCACAUUAUAUUUUGCAUCCUCUUCCUCUCUAUAUAUAGAAGCAUAUCUCAAGUCACAACACAUACACAUUAUAUAUCUUUCUUUCUUUCUCAAAGUUUUGGUGUUUAUUUCUGUCUUUCAUUCUCAAAACUUUUAAAGAAGCUUGCAAGUACUAAUAAAGAUGUCUAUGGUGGAGGUUUUAGUGCCAAACCUUGAUUGUGAAGGAUGUUCAUCCAAGUUAAAAAAGGCUCUCUACAAACUCAAAGGAGUUGAGGAUAUAGAAGUAGACAUGGACGCCCAAAAGGUGACAGUAAAGGGAUAUAGACUAGAAGAGAGGAAAGUAAUCAAGGCAAUCAAAAGGGCAGGCAAAGCAGCAGAACCAUGGCCUUUUCCUUCACAUUCUCACUAUGCCUCAUUUUACAAGUACCCUUCUUACAUUGCCAACCAUUACUACGACACUUCCGACGGCUCCGCGCCAAGCGUGCACGCUUUCUUCCAUACGCCGGCUGUCUACUCCGUGGCCGUGGCAUCGGAUGAUGCGGUGGCCUCCAUGUUUAGUGAUGAUAAUCCUCAUGCUUGUAGUAUUAUGUGACAUGAAUUAGUAAGCAAUAGUCAGCAGCUGGUCUCAUAUUUGCCUAUUCAAAUUAUAUAUUGUGAUUUUCUUUGCAAGUGUAUGAUCGUUGUAUACUUGUAUUGUUUGAUUGUUUCAUGCUUUGCCAAAUUAUGACCACCGUGUUAUGCUAGUAUAUAUGAUCAUUAAAUUUUAUCGAUCCAAAAUUUCAA